AUGGGUCUAGAUGCGCAGUAUGCAUACUACUUUGAAGGUGCUAUCCUGCCAACCCCAAAGCUGAUUGCUGCAUAUGGAUACUUCUCAGUCGAGCCCGAGGCCGAAGUUCUGCUGACCCUUCGGGGAGAAGCAUCAUUCCAGAGUACUUCUGGGGAGAUUGAGAUCAUCAGUGGGAUCACUUUCCCCGGAAUGUCCAUCAAGGGUCUGAUCAGUAUUGGACCAGCUCUAGAUCUGACUGGGUCCAUGGAUACUUCGUUGACUGUUUCCGGCGAGCUCAACGCUGGUGUUGUGGUCAGUUGGCCAAAGGCAGAGGUCUAUUUCCCUCAGGAUUCAGAUGGAGAAGCCGCUAGCAUUGCUCCUGGAAAACUUUCCGACACUGAUGGCGAUGAUGAGCCUGAUACUUUCUCUGUCACACCUCGACUAGAUGCUUCCGUUUCCGCGAGCGGAACAUUAGCUCUAGGCCUGACACCCAAAGUGAAAUUCGGUAUCUCUGUCCUAGGUGGCAAACUUAUGGACGGCUAUGUGACAGCAGGCGUGUCAAAUACUGUCAGCCUUGGUGUCAGUGCUACGGCGUCCACAGGAUUGCAAGGGUCAGCGGCAGAGUUCUGCUAUUGGGCCGACUACCUUUACUCUCUAUUUCUUCAAGCAGAUGUUUCGUUUAUUGACGGAUUGGCUUAUUGGGGUAGCACGUACGAUGUUGCUUCACCCACUGAUCCUAUUACGCUGAUAGACAAAACAUAUAUCUCCUACUCGUCGGAUGAUGACACCGUCAGCAAGCGAAGCGAUACAUCUGAUAGGCUGGUGAAGGCAAUUGACAGUGACAAGGGCCUUUUCGAUGCCUACUUCAGAUGCUGCAACAAUCAGACAGACGAGUUGGAGGGCUAUUGCGAUUCGACCCUAGAUUCCACAAAACGAGCCACCACAAUAUGCCAUGAGCCCCCUGCCUUGUUCUACAAUUGCGCAUUUUUCCAGGAUACUAAUGUUGCUAACAACAACGAACAAACGAUGAAAAGUACACCCUCUGUGAACUUCAUUGGUAUUUGCAAGAAUAUCAAGAACUAUUUGCAGGCGCAUAGCUUGGAUGCAAACACGGGAUCGAAUUGGAAGCUACUUACAUAUAUCAGAGGAAGUCAAUCAAAGAACCGAGGUGAUGCUUGUGGUGACAUGACAAAGGAGUGCUCCGAAAAGAAACAAAGCCUGUGGGCACAGGCUGUCCAAAAAGCUGCAGAGACAAGUUACAAAGCAGCACAGGCUAUGAACGGCUUUGUCGAAAGUAUCUCAUGUGACGAGUUCCCAUUCAACGCCUGUGAAGAAGGAGGUACUGGAGCGACCGAGAAAAAAUUGUGGACAAACCAGGACACAUUGGGCGCCAACAAUUACCGGAAAUACACCAUCACACUCAUGAAUUAUUGGUCAGACCGCAAUUCCAUCCCUCCAUAUGGUGGCUCGUUGGAUAGCAGUGCAUCGAAGAACCCGAGCACAAAUGCCGGAACAGGUCUCCUUUUUGUUCUUGGGGGACUUAAUUUGAAUGGCAAUCCGGAUCUCCAGAUCGGCGCAACGUCUGGCAAAGCGCAGAACAAUGCCGUGUGUGCUUAUGCGGGCAAAAAGAAAUUGUCGGGCUCAACCGUUAUAUCGGAUCAGCCUGAUGCCAUGGGCGUAUACAAGGUCACCUUCGCCCCAGCCAAGGUCAUCGCACAAAGAGGACUUGAUCCCCGCGAUGCCAAUAACUGGGAAAUUCAAAGCGUAACAGUUGAUGAAGACGGUGAAGACCUCGGUAGUUACUAUUACGAUGCGGAGAAAAUAAGCCAACACGAUGACUCCUGGGAGGAAGUGGAAGACAGAAAAGGCUCAUACAGCAUCCGUCGUCGUCGUCAUUUGCAACAGCAUCAACAUGGUCGCCAUGCAAGCUACUAG